AUGCCGGAUCCUUUCGUGAAAGGUGAAAUCCAUGAGAAGAAGGUCAUGUUGAGCGUCUGGUGGGGAGUUCACGGAAUCUACCGUUUCGAACUGCUGCCGGACAACACGACAGUUACUGCCGAGGUCUACUCCGCUCAACUGCAAAGACUGGCCGACAAGAUCCGCAAGGAGCACCCGAAGCUCGACAACGUUCGCCUGCUGCACGAUAACCCUCACAUCGCGAAGAAGACUUCAAUCCCAGAAAAUUCUGGAACUCGGAUGGGAAGUUUUACCACACCCGUCGUACAGCCGGGGCCUGGCCCCGAGCGACUACCACCUCUUCCGAUCGCUUCAGCAUCACCUGGAAGAGAAGCGCUACGAUGA